CAUCUAUCGUUCAUGGAAGAAAAAUAAAUAAAAUCGAAUCAAAGAAAGCUAAGCAGGAAUAGUACUAACGCGGUUCUUUGCAGCGACUUUCCCUCUCUAUUCUCCAUCAAUCUUCGUCGCUUAAUCUACCAUUCUGCCACCUUUUCUCGUGACUAAAUCAGUGCUAAGAGAUGUUGGGCGUUUUACGGCGAAAAGUCGCUUCUGGCGCCGCAUCUGCUCCGACUUUAGGGAAAUCGUUGCGUAGGAUUCAGCCUGGAGCGGCGACGCCUAGAGUUUGCUGUGCUGCAAGAGAAGAGAGCUUUAUUCAUCCCAGAGGAUGUUAUCAGGCUCAAAAUUUCUGUCAACUUGUUUUAGGUCACUCAAUGGAUAUGCGACCUCAAAGGGGGAUUAUGACCAAUGCCCAUCAAAGUGGUAUACUACAAAAUUGGAGCAGGCCAUAUUGUUCCAGCGGUGGCGAUCUGGUUGAUGCUGUGGUUCCUUUUAUGGGUGAAUCCAUAAGUGAUGGCACACUUGCCACAUUCUUGAAGAAACCUGGUGAUAGAGUAGCAGUUGAUGAGGCAAUUGCCCAGGUUGAAACGGAUAAGGUAACCAUUGAUGUUACCAGUCCUGAAGCUGGUAUAAUUCAAGAGUUUGUAGCCAAGGAAGGAGAUACUGUGGAACCUGGCACCAAGGUUGCUGUCAUUUCAAAAUCUAGUGAAGGUGUGAAUCAUGUUGCUCCAUCCGAGAAGGCUGCUCCACAACCAUCUGAUCCUGUUGAACAGAAAGAGAAGCCAAUGACUAAAGUUGAAGCUCCUCCUGUCAAGGAAAAACCAAAGGAAUCAUCACCACCUCCCCCUAAAACCUCUGCUACAGAACCCCAGCUUCCCCCCAAAGAAAGGGAAAGACGAGUUCCUAUGACCAGGCUUAGAAAAAGAGUUGCCACACGCUUGAAGGACUCGCAAAAUACAUUUGCAUUGUUGACAACAUUCAAUGAAGUUGAUAUGACAAAUUUGAUGAAACUCCGUUCUGAAUACAAGGAUGCCUUUGUUGAAAAACAUGGAGUGAAACUAGGACUUAUGUCUGGCUUUAUCAAGGCUGCAGUUAGUGCACUCCAGAAUCAGCCAGUAGUUAAUGCAGUUAUAGAUGGUGAUGACAUUAUAUACAGAGACUACAUAGACAUCAGUAUAGCUGUUGGUACACCAAAGGGACUUGUUGUCCCAGUUAUCCGUGAGGCUGACAAGAUGAAUUUCGCUGAGAUAGAGAAGACCAUGAACACACUUGCUAAAAAGGCAAAUGAUGGAACUAUCUCAAUCGAUGAGAUGGCUGGUGGAUCAUUCACAAUAUCCAAUGGCGGUGUCUAUGGAAGUCUUCUGAGUACCCCGAUUAUCAAUCCCCCUCAGUCUGCCAUCCUGGGUAUGCACUCAAUAGUGAACCGCCCAAUGGUUGUCGGAGGCAACAUUGUUCCCAGGCCAAUGAUGUACAUUGCCCUGACAUACGAUCAUAGGCUGAUCGAUGGAAGAGAGGCAGUGUACUUUUUGAGAAGGAUUAAGGAUGUGGUUGAAGAUCCACGGCGCCUGCUCCUGGAUGUAUGAUUGCGUACUUCUGAUGUUUGAUCUCUUACACUCGUGUUAUACCUGAGUUAAUACACUCAAACGUGCACAAAACAGGAAUAAACCUAACUAGGCGAAAGUUUUGUAGGAUAACAUUGUUGCUCGCUCUGAAAUUUUCAGUACUGCUAGAGCAUAGCUUACUCAGAGUGGGGGCCUUUUUUAAAAAUUUUAUUUGCCAUUGUUUUCCUGGCAAAAUCCAAUUUGAACCGUAUUUUCAUUAAUUUGUGAUUUUUGCAAACAUGCCAUUCCUGGUAUAAGACUUGAUUAUAUUAUCAUGAUGUCUAUUUUUGUUA